AUGUCCUCAAGCAGGACUCAAAAGUCUCAAGAGCGACUUGGAGGAAGAGGUCUACCACAUCAGAGCUCUCGUCACAAUCUGAGUGCUUCUGGUCCAGCAACCGUUUCUACACUCAAGAUCGAAGCGGCUUUGAGAAAUCACUACAAGAAGAAUCUAAGGAACGAACACUUGAUGAAAGACCUGGAGUCCAGGCUAAUCGAGGAUCUAAGCAACUUCCGCGCCGUCGACAACCUCAUCAACGAAGUUUACACUGAUCUUCAACGAACACAACUUCGCGCACAAACCUCUCUCACUCAGCAAGUGCCGCAAAUCAAGAAGGAAUUGGAAAACGCCAUGGACACUCUGACGGAUCUCGGGGAGACCCUUCCCAUCAUUGACGCUGAGGUCUCAGAUAUUCGCGAGGUGUACGACUCUGGCCGCGUCAAGGCUCAAACUCUCGUAGCUGACCUCACUUGGCUCAACACAGAGUUCUACGAACGCUGGCGAAGUAUCAUCUUCACCUCCAGCAGCCCCGUUUCUUGGCGGUGGAAGCUCUACCUCCGCACCCUUUUCGUCUUUUCCUUCGUCGUGUGCUCCUGGCUCUUCUACAUCUCCCUCACCGGCGCGUACCGUGCCCAUCGGCACCGCCUUGUAUGGGGCGAGAAGCUGAUGUCCUAA